CAAGUUAAUAGAGGAUGUUAGGGAAAGACACAAUGAGAGAAUAAGACAUCAAAGUCCAAAAUGUCACAUUGGGUGGAAUCUGCGAAAAAAAAAAAAAAAAAAGUUCCACCUCACUGACCAAUCACAGCGUCUGCUUCCUUUAAUGGAAACAUCUAUACGGGUGUGAUGUCAGUGAGACCUGUGUCUCUGUCUUCACAUCUCAGACCUCGUCACUCAUGGAGGGUCGUCACGUUGUUCUGCUCCUGGUCUCAGCAGUGGUUUCCUUGAGUCCUGACUGUGUUUGUGGAUCAGAGUUGAAGGUGACAGUCAGACCAGGAGACAACAUCAUUCUCUACUGUGACUGCAAAACAUCAACUGGAGUUUACAUCGUGUGGUACAGGAACUGUUCUCAUGAAGACGAGCCUUCACCUGAUCUCAAAGUAAAGAAUAUACUGACACAGAGUCUUCAUCCCAAUUUCCACUUAUUGAAGAACCAGUCCUCUGAAUCCUUCGACUUGCUGAUCCUGAACAUCACUGAGUCAGAUGAAGGUCUUUACUACUGUGGAACUGAAGAACAAAAGGUGGAGGAUAAGGAACACAUAACUUCUAGAUAUAUUUACAGCUACGGCAACAUCACAACAAGAAUCAUAUUCAAUGCAGAACCGAAUGCGACCUCUUGCCCCAAGAUGCCACAGGACUGCUGGAUUCUGAUCUUCUGUCUGUGUCCAGUUUUAUCUAUUGUCUCCUCUCUCCUCUCCUCACUUGUGGUCUAUCACUGCUGUAAGAAGGCUGAAGAACAUCCUGUUGAUCAGCAAAGACCUGACACUAGAGGUCAUCCAAGACAGAGCCAGGAUGACGAUGUGUGCUAUGCUGCUGUGGAAAUCCGCCAGAAAUCAAAGAGACCAAAGAAGAAGAAGGAACCGCAGACUUCUGACUUCUGCACCUAUUCUGCUAUUAAUGCAUCUAGGAUGUAACAGGCCUCAGACCAGAGGAACAAAAUAAUAAUUUUGUAAUGUUGACAUAAACAUCACACCAAAAGUAAGGACAUUUGUGUUUGGUAGAUUUAUUACUUUGUUGUAACAAUGCUUCUUGGCAAUAAAUCUUAUACUGUUGGAAAGACUGUUUAUUUCCCUUUUAAAUGGUGCCACAUUUGUAAGGAACAUGCACUGUGGGAUGAGUAGCAGAGCUGAGUAUG